UGAUGGUGGUGAUGGUGGUGGUAGGUGCAAGAGGCGACGGCGGCGGCGGCGGCAUCAGCGACGGGGGCGUGGGCGAUCCGAGUGGCCGGCAGUAGCCUGACAACUCCCGGCAGGUUAAGAUGUGUGUCCCCCUCCUCCUGACGCUCCUCGUUCCCCUGGCGGCGGGCUUGCCCCAGGGAGCCAAAACCACCGCUGACAACACGCAGCCAAUCUACGACGACUUCACGUGUCUCGAGGACGGCUUGUUCGAGGACCCGGAACAGUGUGACCUGUACUGGGAAUGCAAGGGCAGCGUGGCCACCCCACACUACUGCGAGGACGGCCUGGUGUUUGACCUCUUCAAGGCAAAGGCGGGCCACGUUGACCCCUGCGACACCCCCCUCGUCGUGGACUGCACAGACAGGCCGCUCAUGCAGCCGGCUACACACCCCAACGAGUUCUGUCAGAGGAGACACGGCGUCUUCCCUGACCCGGACCCCACCAUUUGCAACCGCUACCACAACUGCAAGGACGGUUACAAAGAGGACACCGUCGACUGCACCAUCGGCCUCCACUUUGACCCCGUCGCCGGCAUCUGCACUUGGCCCGAUGCUGCCGGAAGAGUGGGCUGCGUGGAGAAGGUUACAGAGUGCGUCAAGAACGGAAACUUCUGCUGCACCGGCCAGGAAGUGUUCAGUGCUGACGGCGUGCUCCUUCCCCACCCAAGCUUCAUCCACGAGUUCGACUGCCAGAAGUUCUACAUUUGUCUCCACGGCAAGACGCCCCGAGAGUCCGCGUGCGCCCUCGGCCAAGUGUUCAACGACAAGACGCAGCUGUGUGACUACCCCGAGAACGUGCCCGAGUGUUAUGGCUGGUACAGGGACCAUGAAGUCUUUCAAGACUAUUACUACGACGAGCCGCUAGUGAAGGGCGACGUGGGCUCUCAGGAUACACCGCAAUAAAGUCCACCAAACCAACACCCACACACAUGAUGGUCCCUUUACUUUAAACACACAACAGAACACGUGAAGAAAGUCCAUCUUCUCAACGCCAACACCCAUGAUCACGCCAAUGCCUAUUCCUGACAUAUACAACUUAGAUCAACAGAAUAAAGUCCACCAAACCAACACCCACACUCACAAUGAUCCCUUAACCGGACACACAUGACCCACGACACGUAUAGAAAGUCCAUCAUCUCAACGCCAACACCCAUAAUCACUAUAUGACUUAGGACACCACAUGAAUAAAGUCCACCAAACCAACACCCACACUCACAAUGAUCCCUUUACACACACGACACAGGACAAGUGAAGAAAAUCCGUCAUCCCAACCCCAACUUCCAUGAUCACGCGAUGCCAUUACACCCAACAAAAGAAUGAAUAAAGAUCAUCACGUCCACACUCAUCCAUGGCUACACUUCAUCCUCAACCUUGGCCACAUAUCAUUUUUUACCCAACACCCAUGACUCAUUCAACACCCAAAUCCACACUCGACAUAUAUGGAGUAAAGCCUCUCUUGUUUUACGCUUCUAGAUUCCGUGAUUAGAAAAGAACGCGAUGUAAUAAUACUCGUUUAUGUUAAGGUGAUUAUAGUGUACAAGACGGGGAA